AUGCAUUUGUUAAAGGAUGAAAAAGAUGAUGGAAAUCUAUUUGAAAGAGCUAACUAUCUAGAGAAAAAGAUUUUUGAUAUGAAACUUGAUUCUAAACAAAGACAGCAACAGCAGCUACAACCACAACCAAUGCAAGCUCAACAGCCGCAACAACAACAGACUUUACAACAACAGCAACCUAUGCAACAGCAAGAGCCAAUGCAGCAACAACAACCGCAAUCCAAUACUAGUUUGUCACUUCCACAGUCACCAGUGAUGCCUAGUUCAAACAAUAUCCUUGUAUCUGGAUUCGAACAACUUUCAAUCAAUCCUUUCCAAUUACAACAACAACAGCAACAACAUCCACAGCAACAUUCACAACAACAACAACAACAACAACCUAUGCAGCAGCAAUAA